AAAACAUUUCGAAAGAUGUUUCCUGUGAAAGGAGCCCUGGGGGGAGGGGGUCUGCACUACAGUAUAUUAGCAGAAGAUCAUCUUAGCUGCACAGAAGUGAGUGACUGUGUCCUCUCAGCUCUGACCCCUCUGUCUGCCAAGACCCUGAUGAUCAGUAUGAAGCUCAGCACAACCAUACUCACCGUCACGAUGGUGGCAAUAUCUGGUUUGGAGGCCGCUGUCGUGCUGAACCAGGAGAAGUCCAUGUCUUUGUCUCUAGGGGCAAAUGCCAAAAUAUCUUGUUCAGUAAUCAGCAGCAGCACUUGGGCCAUUUCUUGGUAUCAACAGAAGGCUGGAAGUGCUCCUCAGUUCCUGCUGGUUGAUUCUACCAGAGCAUCUGGAUUGCCAGACAGGUUCACAUAUUCCGAGUCUGGGAGUCAGGAAUACCUUCACAUCAACGGCGUGAAGGCAGAAGAUGAGGCAGUGUACUACUGUGCCUGUGUUGGCUGUGAGGGAGCUGCAACCAGCUUUGGUGGGGGCACGAUGCUGAAUGUUGGUCGCUCCCCGUCUCCCCCAUCGCUGACACUCAUGCCGCCCUCCCAGACUGAACUGUCUCAGGGAAAGGCCACUUUGGUGUGCAUGGCGCAGGGCUUCUACCCGGACACGGCCACCGUGUCGUGGAGCGAAGGCGGCAGCACUCGGACGGGCAGCGAAGUGCAAACCGGCGCGGCGGAGCGGCGAUCCGACGGCAAGUACUCGCUCAUCAGCCUGCUGACCGUGACGGCGGCGCAGUGGAGCUCCGGGGUCUCCUACUCCUGCCAGAUCAGACACUCCGCACUGAGCUCGCCGCUUAGCCGGAGUGUGAGCCAGACCGAGUGCCGGUAACUGCAGCUCAGCACCAGGCGAAGGCAGCGCAUCACAAUAAGCAAUUUGAUGUUAAGGCGCUUCCCAGUAUUGUACUCGGCUUAAAGAAGCAUGUGUGUGCUGAUCGGUAAAUGUAUUUGUAAAAUGUUACAGUCCGAGAUGAUCGGAAAUAAAACGCUUUCAAGUUAUUGCAAAUGCGUAGAUAAAUGACAAGCUCAAUAAAGGCAAAAUACAAAUGUC